UCUAGCGGUUCUGUGACAGGCGGCAUCAUGGCAGCGGAGUGCGACGUGUUGUCCGAAAUCGAGGUGCUGCAGUCGAUCUAUCUGGAUGAGUUGCUGGUGAACGGACGAGAGGACGGGGGCUGGGAGGUGAGUCUGGUCCUGUACCCGUCCACAGCCGAGGACUCGGUCUCUCAGUUUGUGCGACUCACCCUGACUUUGAGCCUCGAUCAGCAGUACCCCUCAUCUUCUCCGACUAUCUCCAUUCACAACCCGCGGGGUCUUUCUGACGACAAACUGAGCAGUGUCCAAAAGUGUCUUCAGUCAGAGGCUCAGUCCUGUCUGGGGUCUCCAGUCUUGUACCAGCUCAUCGAGAAAGCAAAAGAGAUCCUCACUGAGAGCAACAUUCCUCAUGGAAACUGUGUCAUCUGCCUUUAUGACUUCAAGGAGGGAGAGACGUUCACCAAGACCAGCUGUUACCACUACUUCCACUCCCACUGCCUGGGCCGCUACGCCAGCCACUCUGAGAGGGAGCUGCAGCAGCGGGAGAAGGAGCUAGAGGAGGACAAGACGAGGGAGAGGACGGAGCAUCAGGAGCUGACGGUGGUGUGUCCGGUCUGCAGAGAACCGCUGAGCUACGACGUCCACCAGCUGCUGUCCUGUCCUGCUCCACAGCUGCCCGAGGUGGAUGAGGCAGCGAUUGGUUCAGAUUUUCAGCUCAAGUGGUGUGAACUGCAGAAGCUUUUGGAAAAACAGCGGGCCAAAGGCGGAAUUAUCGACCCGGAGGUGGAGUCGAAUCGUUUCCUCAUCCACAUAAAUGAGCCUCCAUCUGUGGCUGAAAAUGGGAACCAGGAUGUGGACUCUGGCACAGCACUACCUUCUGCUUCUAAUGAUGAAACUGGAGUGGGGGUGGACCAGUUUGCUCCCAGUGUGCCUCACUGCAGAGGGGAUCAGGGCUCAAGGAGGCAGAGCCAGGCCAGGGGUCCCAGAGGGGGCCGCUACAGGCCACAGCGCGUCACAGAGCAGCUGGACAAACUGUCACUGUGUUCCAACACCGCUGAAGCACCAAAACAUGCCAAAGCUCAGGGUCAACACGGCCAGCAGACACAGGGAAACACAGACGUACGCCUCCCCGCAGCCAGCAGCGAGGCGUACGCAGAUGUCGGACAGUCGGAGGCGGCGGCGUCUCCAGUCGAUCAUCCUCAGUGCCAGUCGGGGUCGGAUAUCAGCGGCGCGAAAGAUGCCGUAGACUCCGGAGGCGGCCGAGGGCAGCGUGGAAGAAGGAGGGGCCCCCAGCGCCCUGCGGCCCCCGGACCUGGACGCUACCACUGGGACGGCCGGGCUCCAAGAAGCAGGGGAGGAGCCGGUAACCUGUGCUGCAGAGGGGGAGGGCCUCGGCGGGGUCCCGGGAGGGGUCACCAACACAAAAUGGACAGGGAGCGGGGCAGGGAGGAGGUGCUAUGACAAAGAGCAACCGGAGGGCCGAUGAACAAAUGUGUGUGUGCCUCCAUUAUUGGUCUGUGUAGAUUAAAACCCGGCAGCAGAUGUGACGUUCACUGUCGUGUCCUCUCCUCCUGUGCAGCGCCAUCAUCCUGCGCUCUGCUAUGCACUUUCACGCACACUCAUGUCAAAAACACAUGGUGGUUGUUUUAUGUCGCGAUGCCAUAUGAAUUAAAAGAACUACGAAUUAAAUUUACUCUGGAUGUCA